UUUAUUGAUUAGAAGAUUGCAAUCUUGUCCUGCAGUGAGUCAUCUGCGGUGACUUGGUGGUGCUGCACUUCAGAUAUCUGACGUUUCGUGGUUUUGUUUUCUUACCAGGUAUUUCGUGGUAGGCAAGAGUGGUUUUUAAGCAACAAGGACAUUCGUAUGAUAUUACUUCACAAUCGCUGGUGGCCGAAAAAAAGGAAAACGACGCUCGCCCAAAUUCUCCUUGUACAAAUGGUGCUUUGACCAAACUGUGAGGUCAUAAUGGGCAAAGGGGAGGAGCUGUUGGAGGCGAUAAAAUGCCAAGAUAUCUCAGUAGUGCAGAAGAUACUGCAUAAAGGGAAAGGGAAAAUUCUCGGCUCUUCCAAGAAAGUUAAUGUCAACUUCCAGAAUGAAGAAGGUUUAAGCCCAUUGCACCAAGCUUCUUUACAUGCAAACGUGGAUAUAGUGUGUCUGCUUAUUGAUGCCAAUGCCACGCUAGACCUCCAGGAUGCUAACGGCAUGCGUGCACUGCACUACAGCUCCUUGAAGGGAAAAGUGGAGGUAGUGGCAGCACUGUUAGAGAGUGGUUCCAAAGCGAGCACGCCGGCUAAAAACGGAGUAACACCCCUUCACCUUGCAGCACAGUAUGGCCAAUGCUCGGUAUGUGCAAUGUUAAUGCAGUAUGGGGGUGAUCCCACUGUACGAAGGCAUGAUGGGGCAACACCAAUUGAUCUAGCAUGUGAAUUUGGAAGAUAUGAGGUUGUGGAAAUCUUCUUAACCAACAGCAGCUGCAUCUCACUUAUUGAAUCAUACGCAGUUCAACAUUUUGAAACAGAACUUUCAAAUUCCAAUAGCCCAUUGCACGUAGCUGCACGAAACGGACACAUUAAAGUUAUACGACUCCUUCUACAGAGCGGGGCAAAUAUUAAUUGGAAAACCUCGUCUGGCACAUGUCUGCAUGAAGCUGUAGCCCAUGAGAAGCUUGAGGUUGUGCAGCUCCUUAUCGACUGUGGAAUCGACACAAGCAGAAGAAGCGGUCUCGGUCAGACUGCCUUUGACUUGGCCAAGAAGUUACCAAGUUCAAGAGUAAAUCGUGAAAUUGUGCGAAUCCUCUCCGAUGCCCAGCCAGGAUUUGUUCAAGUUUGUGCUAUUAACGAUUUCAAGAACGUGCUCGACCCCACGAGUCUCUCCUUUACCAAGGGAACCAUCAUAACUCUACUCGAACGGAACUCAAACGGAAACUGGAAGGGUAAGGUUGAAGGGUCAGCGGGAAAUCCCCCAAGGGUGGGGUACUUUCCCAGCGCUUAUGUACAGCCACAUCAAAGAAGUUUGCAUGGUUCAGACGACAGCGGUAUCCACCCGCAUGACGACGAGUGCAUUGGUGCCGGCAACACCCCUCAAAAUGUAGGGGGAGCCCCUGUUUUACCCCACCAUAACAACCACCACCACCAGUUUUCACCCUGGCCGAAAGUAUCAGUAAGCCCCACCAACCGAGCCCCACCUCACCCACCUAAGUAUAUAAACGUGGACCCUUCAGGAGCCCCUACACCCCAACCAGCAUUAAAUAAGGUUAUGUUAGUGAACCCCAACGUAAACAACCCAAGUUACGAUGACGUCAUAUACAGUCAACAAAUGAAUGAUCGGCCACACCCAAACUCCUCCCCCAACCCCCCAAUUACCGUAUCUCGCUCGACACAGGACAUGGGGGUGCUCAAACCCCACAUAUCAAACCCAGGAUAUGAAGAUGUUCUUGUUGACCAUUCGUCAAACGGUCCCAUUAGCUCCCCAAGCACUGUUUCGUCACAUUACAGUCGUCAGCGUGUAUCACCACUACCACACAGAUCACCACAGAGCCAAAACUGGCCAGAUAACGCCCAUAAUAACCAACAACAUAAUAUUCCAAAGGAAAAUCUAAGCCGAGUGUCCACUAAAAGUAGCCAGUCCAGUAGACAGGCCCCAUACGUAGAUCGUAGCAGCAAAGAGCUUGCUUUCAACCCAGCAGACGAGGAAGUGUUCAAGUGGCUGCGAUCGUUCGGACUCGAGCAGUAUACCUCAAACUUUAUAGAACACGGUUACGACUUGGCCACAAUUUCACACACAAGUCCAGCGGACCUUACAGCAAUACAAAUUGCAAAACCUGCCCAUAGAAAGAAGUUAUCAACCCACGUUAGCCAGUUAAGAAAAGAUUCCCCCACGAGCCCCUUAAUAAAUGAAGUCCCAAACUCUGCGUUUGAUUUUCUAAGCAGUCUAAGUUUAACGGAAUACGUUCCAGUUUUCAUUUCAAACGACGUCAACUCGCUUGAGAAAAUCCUGCACACAACCUGGGAAGACCUCCAGGUGAUGAAAAUAAAUCGACUCGGCCACCAGAAAAAAAUCAUUCUUGCGAUUACAAAGCUUAACCAACUGUGUAAAAGACAGCCAGAAAAAUUUCAAAAAACUCCAACCCCUAGUAAAAUCCAACCCCCACACUACCAACAGUACUCCAACUUACCCCAAGAGCAACUACACCAGCGAGAAAGCCCCCCGCAGCAUUCCCCACCCCAACAUUACCCCACUCCAGCCCCAAAGCCCCAACAAGUCACCCCGAUGUCUAAAAAGCCCCCCGUUCAAGCGAAACCGAAAAAGAACUUCUCCUCUUUCAAGGAGAAUCCUGGAUUAAGCUUAGAGCUACAAAAAGCUCUCAGCAGAAGACAGAACAUCAUUGACAAUGCCCCUCCAUCACCAGAGCAACCAAACACUUUCCAAAAACCCCAGAAACCCCCAGUUAACGGCUCCCAUCCACAUCAACAGGGAAAUGGCCCCAAACCCUCAUUUUCUGAACCCACUCAUACACAACCCACCUACCCCACCCCGCCAUUUAAACAACCAACAUACACUCCCCCCACCCAUACACCCCCAUCCCAUUCACCCACCGAUGUGGGAAAGUCCCAUUUAACCCGGGGUCCCCGACCAAGCCCCCCUCGUCGUACAACAUCCAUCAGCGAGGACCAAGAGGAGGAGGAACAGAGGAUCAACGUGAGAUCCCUCGCAGCCAAAAUGGAUCCCAUUCCUGCUGAUACCAGAAAAAUGUCUUCUGUUGCGAAGAUCGUGAAGACGCCCACGUCUCCUGUUCAUAAGAGUGGAAACUUCUCUUUUACUCCAACAUCCUUACAUCAGUCAUCUCCCCCAUCAUCUAUUCCUCCACAAUCCUACCCCGCCCCAGCCCCCAAACCCUUAGUCACCCCUAAGCCCCAAGUAUCCAAGAAACCUCCUGUUCAGAAAAAGCCGCCAACCCAGCCCCCCAAGCCGCACCCUAUUGCGCAAGAGCCCCCACAAGUGGCGGAAAAAUCGAGAAAAAUCUCGCACGGGGAACUAGGGAAGCAUUUUGACCUCAGUGUUCUUGAUAACAUUGAUAAACAGAAGCAAUCGGUUUUCCCGAUCAAACCAUCCAAACCAACCCCACCUGUCAAUCAUACGCCUCCACAGAGAGAACCCAUGUCAGCCCCAUCACCCCAGGUAUCGAACUCCGAGCCCACUUCCUCAAAACUUCACCCACCUCCAAUGGAUCGGUACGACUCUUCAUCAGAUGAGUUUGAAUGGCCUGCGCCCCCAGCUUUUGAACCCCCACCCCCAUUACCCUCCGCCAUAUCACCCCAAAACACCCCCGUCCAACCCCCAGCCCUAAUAGUCCAGCAGACAGUACAAAACGCUACUUUUUAUAAAUAA